GGCAAGGUCGAAUGGGAGAGAAGAGCGCAAUACAACACAAGGAGAGCAGCAACGCACUGAUAUGAGAGCAACAGCAGACGCAAUCGCUUUUGUCGCUGUCUGACCCACCCUCUUGCUGAGACCAACGACAGGAUGGCAGCAGCACCCGUCUUCAACGCGUGGCGCAGUCCAAUCGGCUGGGCGAUGGCGGUCAUCUUCUGCGAAGCCCUUCCUAUUUCAUUCAUGGUGCGGCUCACACUCCUGCUGCAGCUGAGCUGCAUCUGUGAAUCACUGACUCACCCACCCGACGUGUGUCAUGUCGUGACUGAUCUGCUCGUGUGUUGUGUGCAGGAGUCUACGUUCGUCGAGCUGCUGUCGGCCACAUGGAAGGAGAAGUUCUACGAGAAUGUCUUGUCCAUCGACAUAUGGGUAGGUAAGGUGUCGAUACCAUACCUCUCUGUCCAUACUGCCAGGACAUGCAUGUUGUCCAUCCAUCCGCAGGUGUCCAUCGUGGCCAUACUGCCGGGCGCCGUCUGCGGAUACCUCUCUCACGCAGAACGACUCGGUCAGUCAGUCAGUCAGGCAGGCAGCCACCCCCCAACAACCGUGACGUGGCACAACGCACAGUGUGGUGCAGUGCACCAUUGCAUGACCAUACCAUGUAUGUGUCUGGCUGUCUGUCUGUGUUGCAGGUCGGCGUCACGUCUUGAUGUAUCUGUGUCUGGCUGCGUCCAUCCCGUGGCUCAUCCUGGUUGUGUUCGAGUCGGUGAACGGCUUCUACUGGGCCUCCCUGGUAGUGGGCAUUUUCGGAGGGAGGAGGAUCGCACUCACCAUACCCGUCAUAUCAGGUAACCACCGCACACGCCGCAGGAAGGGAUCCAGACACGGACGGACACAGAUGUGACUGACCAGUGUUCCUAUGUGUGUGCACUGCAGCAUGGAUCACGGAGUGGGCGCCAGACUCCCACAAGACGCAGCUCUUCGCCCUGGCCUUCAGCAGCGUGGGCAUCGCCAACGUGGCGGGCAAUGUUCUCUCCCACCUGCACAUCAAGUACCUGGGCAUCUCACCUGCAACCAUCCUCCGCAUCGGCCUCGCACUCGAAACCCUCCGACUCUUCGUCCUGCUCGGCUUCCCCGAAAGGCCAAAAUGCCGCUGGAUGACCAACAACAGCAGCAGCAACGGCGGGGACAGAGAGAACAGCAGUGCCGGCGCCUUGCCGCCCUACAAGCUGACAAUCGGCCCUGAUGAUGAAGUCAUCAUACGCGGUGUGUCGGCCGACAAGAGUGUGGGCCGGGCGAGGUCGAGCCACGACCACGACCAGGAGGAGAUCCACAAGAUCGUGUCAAGGCCGACCGUCAGCAACGUGCUGGCGUCGGCGGGGGGAUGGGAGGAGGGCAAGGGCGGCCGACUGGCCUUCAUCCUCCGCAGCCAGUUCCGGGAUAUCAGUGUGGCCUUCAAGACGCUCUUUCUGGACUACCGUCUGGAGCUGCUGAUAUCGGUGCUCAUAUACGGCAUCAACACGUCCACAGGGCAGUCCUUCCUGCCCUUCCUCAAGAUGCACCUCGGGCUGACGGCCAGCGAGCUGUCCUUCAUCGCCACCAUCCGGUCCUUCUCCACCCUCUCCCUGCAAGUGGUGCUCCUCCCCAUCGCCCUCGGGCGGGGAGUUGACCCUCUCACCAUGCUGCUCGUCUCGACCCUGUGUAAGCCACCAGCCAUGAUGGAUGGAUGAUCCAUCCCAUCGAUGCGAUACAUUCGUUCGUUGGUUCACCCCGUUUCAGGUACCACUGUUGCGCUGUCGUGUUACUCGCGUGCUACGACCAUAUCGGGCAUCUACACUGGACUGGCCUUCGCAGGCAGGGCAAUGCAACAGAGGCACGCUGCGAAUGAGCCUGAUGUGUUCGUUCAUUCACCCCGCGUGUAUGUGUAUGUGUGCAGGUUUCCAGUGGAUGACGUUCCCCCUGCUGCAGGGGCUGGUGGCUAAGUGCAAGGCAAGCAAACAGAACAGCACACUCGGGCGGUCACUCACUCACUCAUCUCAAGGUAUGGAUGUUGUCCCUUGCUGCAGGUCCACAGUGUUGACGACGUCACACGAUCGAAAUCGACCGCCUGCCCGUCCACCAAUCGCACCGCAGAGUCCGAUGACAACAAUAUCGCUUCACCACCGCCUGAGUGAGCAUCCGACCCGAUGCACUCGCUCACAUGCUCACCACACCUGACGUGCAUGGACAUGUGUGUGAUGUGAUCAGGAUGGACCAAGGAUCGAUUCUGGGCGGCUUCGCUGGCGUAUGCACUCUGGCCAAGUCCGUCAUCCCCCUGCUCACCUCUGUCCUCUUCUCCCAUUACCGAUCCCUCCCGCCACCCUUUGCCUUCGCGCAAGUGGGCUUCAUGGCGCUGACUUUCUUGAUGGGGAUCGUUGUCCUGCUGGUCAUGGUCCUCAUCGUCAAGAAGUCUCGCCAGAGGGGCUUACCCAUGUAUAAGAAGCCCGUGUGAGUGUGAGUGAGUGAGUGGAACGAUCGCUGUUGGUUGUGUUGUACAGAGAGGUGAGGCGUGUAACGUUCUGUUUAGCAGCACGUAUGCAUGGGUACAGGGGAGGCUGGGCAGGGCAGUGGAAGAGAGAGAGGAGAUGGAUGUGAAUAGCUUCAUACAUACAACACAGCGAGCGGGGAGAUGGAGCCUCGGUGAGUGAGUGAUGAUCGAUCGCAUCAAGCAAGCGUGUCGUGUGUCUGUUUUUGGCGUGUGAAGAGUGCAUGUCAGUCAGUUGAGC